AUGACGAGUUUAAGUUCAAUUAAGGUGCCAGUGUUUGAAGGAAAUAACUUUGAACAUUGGAGGUUACAAAUGGAGAAUAUUUUUAUCUACCAAGAGGGUUGGGAGAUUGUGAAAGAUGGUUAUGUUGAACCAGCAGAAGGAGUUGUUCAAACACCAGAACAACAAACAACUUUAAUAGCAAACAUGAAGAAUAAUUCAAAAGCAACUUAUAUUCUUCAUCAAGGUAUUCAUGAAUCUCUCAUGGACAGAGUUAUUUAUAUCAAACAAGCUAAAGCAGCAUGGGAUGAUUUGGUUAGCCAUUACACAGGUUCUGACAAAGUUAAGAAGACAUUGAAUCUUGUCAAUGAGAUGAAAGCUAAUGGUGACACUGUAGAAGAUUCAACAGUUGUUGAAAAAAUCAUAAGGAGUUUACCUGAGAAGUAUGAAGCAAAAGUAACUGCUAUUGAGGAAUGUAACACUGCUGCAACUAUGUCCCUCAAUGAGUUAUUAGGUAGAUCCAACAAUGGAGGUUAUCAAGGAAGAAAUAACACUGGAGGAAGAUCUAAUAAUGCAGGAUAUCAAGGAAGAAAACCAUUAGAUUUGUCGAAGAUGCAGUUUUAUAAUUAUGGAAUUUUUGGACACUUUGCUACUACAUGUACAAAACCUAGAAGAACAACUACUAAUAACUAUAAAUCAAACUUCAAGGCAAACAUAGUAGAAAAAGAAGAAAAAGAAGAAGAUGAGGUGAAAAAUGAGAAUAUGUUGCUAGCUUGUCAUACAGCUGAGGAGCAAUUUCAGCUGAAGUGGUAUUUAGAUACAGGUUGCAGUAAUCACAUGUAUGGAAGAAAUGAUCUAUUUGACAAUCUUGAUGAAUCAAUAAGAUCAACUGUUAAGUUUGGUAAUAAUUCUACCAUUCCAGUUAUGGGAAAAUGA